AUUAAUUAAAGUAUAAUAUAUUUUAAACCUACUCAAAAUCACUUUCUACUUAUAAAGAUUUGUGUUUCAUUUUUAUUAUUAAUGAACCUUAAGUUACUUAUUCGUUAAUUUUCAUAACAUAUUAUAAUUUGGUUUUAAUGUUCAUUUUUCAGAUGUAAUCCAAGGAAAUGUGUGUUCAAAUUUUGUUAUGUUUUCUAUUAAUUCAAAUAAUUGAAAUAGCUGACAGUCAAUUUGGAUUAAAAAAAAAAGAAAUAGAUAAUCAAAAAAAUAAAUUACCUAAUACAAUAGAUUCAAAACUAAUACCAGUUUUGUAUGAGUUUGAAUUUAAAAAGCUCGAUUAUAAAUUGGUAAAAAUUCCAAUGUUUAAAGAUAUAAAUAAUUUAAAUAGUACAAUAGAUGAUGGUUUUUUAACUAAUGGAUUUGAGAAAAUUCUUCCUUUUGAAUUAUUAUUAUUUGCUUAUUUACCAGAUAAUCCCGAAAUAUCUGUAGAUGCCCAAUCUGUUAUAUUUGAUAAAAUGAAAAAGGUAAUUUUCUAUACUCAUGGUUUUUGGACUCGACACCUUGAUGAUUCUUUAGCCAUAAAAAAAGCAUUGUUUGAAGGCGCAGACGAUUUUGAUUGUAUAGUACUUGUGGAUUGGAGAGUUGGAUCAUUACAUGAUUUAGAUCUGUUCAAUACGUUUAAAAACUACGAAACAGCUGCAAAUAUUAAUAUUCCAGUUGUUGGUGAAUUCAUAGCUAAUUUUAUUAACCAAAAACUCCCUAGGCAUAUUUACAUUCAUUUAAUAGGACACAGUUUAGGCGCACAGAUAUCUGGGAUUGCAGCUAGAAAAAUUAAAGAAUCAUCUGGAAGAAUCAUUGAUAGAAUAUCAGCUAUUGACCCAGCUGGUCCAAUAUUUGAGUACAGUUCUUUUUUGUUUACCGUAAAUAAUACAAACACUUUAAGGAGCUCUGAUGCCAAAUUUGUUGACGUUAUUCAUGCAAGUACGGUACUGGGGAUGAUAAAUGAAGUUGGACAUCUUGAUACGUACAUUUAUGAAACCGAUUGCAGUAUUUUUAAUCCGUUUUGUACACACCGCAGAGCUGUUCUUUUUUACCAAGCAUCGAUAAACAAAUGUUCGCAACUAACAUGUUCACAUAAAAACUUAUCGUUAAAUGGUCAAUGCAUUAUUGAUACAAAUAGCGAUUUGUCUAGCUUAGGAUAUUUAGCACAUAUGUAUCAAGGAAGAGGUAAACAUAUUGCUCGAUUCUACAAAAGUUUGUGUUUAGCAUACUUGAAUGUAGAAUUACCAGCCAAAAAAAGAAUUUGCCGAGAACCUCCGUCACCUGAUAGCAACUGCAAAUUUCAACCGUAUGAAUCUAAGUGUUAUAAAAAUGAAACAAAAUUAGUGUGUAAAUUAGACAAACAUCAAUAUCUAAUGAAUGAUUAUAAUACAUCCGACACUAAUUCUUUGAAGUUACAAACUGUUACUUGGGUUAUUGAUGACAACAAAGUCUUGUAGACAUUUUAGUAUAUUAAUAACUAUUAAUAGUAUUAUUUUACAAGUUGACAAAAUUAAAAGUUUACUUUUAAUACUCUGUCAAUGGUUGUAAUUUACAUUACAAAUUAUCUGAGACAGUUAUCUAUAAUUUAAACAUGUGAUUAAACAACUUAUCAUAGAAUAUUACUAAACAAAAGGUUUCUUAACUCUAACUGAAAUGAUAUUUUUCAACGAUACGUGAAAAGAUAACAUGUCAUAUCUAAUUGAAGACAUUAUUUUCAAAAAUUAAACAAUUUUCCCUUAUUAACUGUAAAUUGGGAAAAAUCGUAAAAAAAAUACGAUUUGUAAAAUUUUCAACACUUUAUCUGUUAUGUGUAAUCGUAGUUAAAAAAUAUACUAAUUUUGUUUACAUACAUAUUUAACUAGCAGUGGCUUAUUGAGAAAUUUAUAAUGGUGGAGCACAAAAAAUGUUCAAAAAUAAGUUACCAUAAAAUGACUUUUUUUCUGCUCAUAACUUUUGUUAACAUAUUAAACACAUAUUUAAGAUUUUUUUUUUAAAAAUCUGUUAUUUGUUUUGAAUCCAUUUUUAUUAAUAAAAAUAUUUCUUUUUAUAAAGUGUGUAUCUCUAGAUUA